AUGGUAUUCACUGAGUACGAUGGUCAGCUCGAUCCCAUUGUUGAUGUCGCAUCAAUGAAGCCCUCAGAAUCGACGGCUUCGGUUCGAUCAAACGCGGGAUCAGACGCUGUCGAAGGACGCAAAAAUGGAAUAACUGGCACUGGUGCUCUAUUGAGUUUUGUGAAAGGAAUGCUUGGUCCAGGAUGCUUGUCGAUUCCUCUUGCGUUCAAACAAGCUGGUUUACUAACCGCUUUUGUGAUGGUUUUCGUGUUCGGUUUUCUCAAUAAUAUCUGUAUGUUGAAGCUUGUUCACGCAUCACAAUAUUUAUGUGCGUCGAAGGGUUAUUCUGAACUGAGCUAUGGCGAUCUUGCUUAUGAGGCAUGUGCGGAUUCUUUUUAUUGUUUACGGCCGUAUAAAGCAACACUCAGAACAUUCACAAACGCUAUGCUUGUAUUGCUACAAAUGGGUAUAUGUUGUGUUUCAUAUGUAUUCAUCGCUAUGCAUCUUCAACAAGUUUUGGAACAUUUGGAUUUGAACACCGAUUUUUCAGUAACCACCUAUAUGCUCCUCAUAUUUAUUCCCUUGGUUGCGAUCAAUUGUACGAAGACAAUGAAGACGAUUGUUUAUCUUAGUGUUGUUGGCAACAUCUUAAUGCUUAUCUCAUUUGCACUUAUCUUCAAGGAACUCAUUACGGCUGAUCACUUCAAAACAGACUUGCCUUGGAUAACCAGUUUUCGAGGAAUGGCUUUAGCAGCUGGCUCGAUAUUGUACACAUUUGAAGGACAAGCUCUGGUUCUACCAUUGGAGAAUAAGCUGACUAAACCGGACGAUAUGAUCGGUUUAACGGGUGUGCUUUCAGUUGGUAUGUGCUUGGUGGUGGCUGUUAAUUCAGCAUUCGGAUUUUUCGGCUAUAUCACUUUUGGAGAGAACGUGAAAGGUAGUAUCACGCUGAAUUUACCACCUACAAUGAUUCUGACGGCUGUGAAGAUAUUGAUAACAUUGAUUGUCUAUGUUGGUUUCGUGCUACAACAAUACGUCAUUGUUGAGACGCUUUGGCCAACGAUUAAUGAGAAGUUAGCUGAGAGCAAAUGGACGCCUUCUGCAGCUAACUACAUGCAAUAUGUAUUCAGAGGAUUUCUUGUUUUCUUAUCAAUGAUAGUCGCAAUUGCUGUACCGGAUCUGUGGCAUAUAGUGCCGUUGGUUGGCACCGUUUGUGGAAUGAUUCUUGCGUUUGUUUUGCCAGCCUUUAUCGAUACGAUUAUAUUUGUACCGGAUAUGAUGAAGAGGCAGGAGUCGAAGUGCUCGAUUGUGAUACGCAUUCUCUCGAAUUCUUUCUUUAUUGUUUUAGGUUUAUUCGUAUUGCUCGUUGGUUUAGAUUCAAGUAUUCGGGACAUUUUGAAUCAUUGGUUCGUGCCAGCUGAAUAUGAGUCUCGAAGUUCAUCUGUAGAAAUGGCAACUGAUUAA